CGAAUAUUUCUCUUUUGUUUUCAUCGUUUCUUGCAAACGAUUUCCUUGGCUCUUUGGGGCUGUUCUGCGGCAGAUCCGUUGUUUUUCGAGCUUCCUUCUCGGUGUUCUUCUUCUUCUUCUUCUUUUCUUUUUUUCUUUUCAAAUUAUGUAUCCGUAUUGUAUCAGUAUUCCGUAACGUUAGUUCUUCUUUUUAAUUCUGUAUAAUCAGUAUCUAACUUGUUGGGCUUUUAUUUGUUUCCUCUAGAUUCGCACAAUGUGUUUGCUAAAUUUCAGAAGCGUUAUUUUCAACUUUCUUUUGCUGCUUGCGCCUUCCGUGUUCUCUUUCCUGUAUUGUUUUGACUAUCGUGUAUAAAGUCGUGGAGAAUGUUUGAUGAAGUUUUUGUGUUCAAAGUCCUGAUGUGUAGAGAAGCAGAGAAAAUGAGCUUUUAGGUGAUGCUUGAACAGGUCAAAAACUUCUCUGUAGUUUCCUGAACCUCGGUUGGAACUUGGAAUGAUGUAUUUGUUCUACAUUCUGAUCAUGUCUUAACAAGGAGAAGCCGGACUUGAUCAUUCUUUUAUUUAAUGUCUGAACUUCCAAAGGUGACUAGUAGAAUGGUUAAGAAACUGGAAAUGAAGAAAACUUCAUCCAGUUCAAAUAAUCGAUCUGCUAGUAGGAAGCAACCCAGGAAGACAGAAAACCCAACUCGAGUACCAGCAACUCCUGAGCAAUCUCUAGAUUCUGGAAUUUCGAGUACAUGGGUAUGCAAAAAUUCUGCUUGUAGAGCUGUUUUGUCAAUAGAGGAUACAUUUUGCAAGAGGUGCUCUUGUUGUAUCUGUCACUUAUUUGAUGACAACAAGGACCCUAGUCUCUGGCUGGUGUGCUCUACUGAAUCUGAACAGGGAGAUUUCUGCGGAUUAUCUUGCCAUAUUGAGUGUGCCUUACAGCGUGAGAAGGUGGGGGUUGUUGAUCUUGGACAACUAAUGCAGCUAGAUGGUAGUUACUGCUGUGCCUCUUGUGGCAAAGUUUCUGGGAUACUUGAAUGCUGGAAGAAGCAGCUAGCUAUAGCAAGAGAUGCACGCCGUGUUGAUGUUCUCUGUUAUAGGAUUUAUUUAAGUUACAGGCUUCUUGAAAGGACUUCAAGGUUUAAGGAACUGCACGAAAUUAUUCAAGAUGCAAAGACCAAGCUGGAAACAGAAGUGGGUCCUGUAAAUGGUAUUUCUGCCAAGAUGGCUCGCGGAAUUGUCUGUAGGCUCACUAAUGCUGGUGAUGUGCAGAAGCUUUGCUCUCUCGCGAUCGAAAAAGCAGAUCAAUGGUUGGCUACAGUAUCUAAUACAAAUCUGAAUUGCCGAGAAGAUUCACUUCCGGCUGCUUGCAAGUUUAUUUUUGAGGGCAUCAAAUCUUCUUCUAUUGUGAUAACUUUAAUUGAAAUUUCAAAUGCAUCAUCUAAGGACACUAAAGGCUACAAGCUUUGGUAUCGUAAGAGUAGAGAAGAAGAGGCAUACUCAGAAGAACCUAUUUGUGUAUUUCCUAGAUCUCAGAGAAGGAUUUUGAUAUCCAAUCUACUACCGUGCACUGAAUACACAUUCAGAAUUAUUUCAUAUUCAGAGACUGGCGACGUUGGUCACUCUGAGGCCAAGUGUUUUACAAAGAGUGUAGAAAUAAUUCACAACUCCUCCCAUUCUCCCACUCCUCCAAAUCACAGGAAAGAAAUUCCCAUUAUCGAAGAAAGCUGUAUCCACAAGAGGGGUCCAGAUAAUACAACCAUUAUCAGUUCAUCUUCAGGAUUUCAAGUACGAGAACUUGGAAAGAUUCUGCAACUUGCUUGGACUCAAGGAGAAGGCUGCCUCGAGAGGCUUUGCAGUGCUGAUGUAAAAAAUUGUUGUGGAGUGAUGAAGGGGGUCAAGCCUGAAUCCCCGGAAGAAGAAGAGCAGCUGCCUCCUGUUUCUCGUGAACUUGAUUUAAAUGUGGUUUCAGUGCCUGAUCUGAAUGAAGAACUAACUCCUCCAUUUGAGUGUUCUAGGGAUGAAGGUAAUGACUGCACUCUGCAGCAGGCUGUUGAGGCAGAUGAAGAUGCUGCUUCCCAUGACAUGGAGAAAAAUGGCUUGGCUAGAUCACACGGUAGCGGUGACGAUUCUCAGAUCUGGACUUGUGGCCCAAAUGGAGAGGUGCCGGCUGUUGAUUCCCUCACAGGGUUAUGUAGGAAAAGGGCAGCAAGCACACACGAAGAACCGAAUGAUUGUGACAGCACUUUGAUAAAUGGAUCCCCACUCCGAGUAUCCAAUGGUUCAUGUUUCUUGGACGAGAACUUCGAGUAUUGUGUAAAGAUAAUUCGAUGGCUGGAAUGUGAAGGUCACAUCAAACAGGAAUUUAGAUUGAAACUUCUAACAUGGUUUAGCUUGAGAUCAACAGAGCAAGAACGCAGGGUAGUCAACACCUUCAUCCAAACACUGAUUGAUGAACCUAGUUGCUUGGCUGGACAGUUAGUGGACUCCUUUUCUGAUAUCAUAUCCUGCAAGAAGCCACGAAAUGGGUUCUGCAGUAAGCUCUGGCAUUAGAUUAGCAUACUCACAUGCAGAAAUCGCCGUUAACUCAGUACUUAUCUUACAUUUUCUAUGCUAUUCUCCUCUAAUUGGUCUGGCAUUAUUUGUACAGGCAUUUUUCCUUGAUCACCGUCAUCAAGUGAUCUAUUUAUACCUCGGACAACAAUGUCAUCCGGGUCAAAGAAAUUGAAUGCUGAUUCUGAUUGCAGAGACAGAUUACUCAAUUUUUCUUAGAAUGUAACAAAUUGUUGGUGGCCGGUACCUUGUAGGGAGCAUGGAAUAUUUCUCAAGUGCUUGGUGUCGGUGAGGAUAAUUUGUAAUAUCUAUCAUAUUGACAUUGCCUUCUUCCAAUUCAAAGAAGGCAACUGAAAUUAUUCUUGAAUUUUCCAUGAUUAAUGUCAUCUUGUUUGGUACAAUAGUGUAGUUGGCCUGGUAAAUUAAUGAAACUUCUCUUGGUUGGUUUAUGAGGGA